CCAUUGUAUGGAUUCCUACCGAAAGAGCCUAUCAAAAUAAAGAAUGUGGGCCCGGCAGACAAGAACCUCUUUUAUAUAGUGGAUGAAGAGGUCGACCUUACCAGCAUCAUCAACGCACCCUUGCCACCAUGUCCUGUAGAUGUGACAUUCUGUGCUCAUUGGCUGGCUAUUGAGGGUAUCCAGCCAGCCAUACCCGAGAAUCCCCAAAUUAUUGUAACGUCCGACAAGAACUUCACUAAGAAACCGCAAGAGACCAAGACAGAGAAGGACGCCAAGGCAGGCGAGAAUGCGAAGAAGCCCACGGGUGUUGCGACCAUGGCGCAGCAGAUGGGAGUUCCCACCGAUGCGAAGCCAACUGUGAGUCACGUGUUGUCGAAGGAGCAACAACUGUACUAUGAGAAGAUGACAGAGGCCGUAAUCGGUGUCGAAGAGCGGUUACGGGUCGUUGCUUUGGAAAGUCUACGUUACGACCCCGGCUUACAGCAGUUGCUGCCAUACUUCUGCCAGUUCAUUACAGAGAAGGUGGCCAACAAUAACCGCAACCUGCCUCUUCUAAUGGCCACCAUGCGCAUGGCGAACGCGCUGGUCCACAACACCAAUCUAUUUAUGGAUCCGUACCUACACCUCAUGUUGGCUGCCAUUCUGACAUGCUGUAUGAAGAAGACCCUUUCACAACACCCCAGUGAGAAUCAUUGGGCGCUGCGAGAACUCUCGGCGUCACUCAUAGCACACAUCUGCGCCCGAUGGGGCGAUUCUGUGAUCACUCUACAGACACGAAUUACUAAGGCCUACAGUAACAUCUUAGAGCCAGCACUCUCUGUUAAGAAUAGCAAUCCCGUGCGAAGGGACGAGGCUCUGAGGGUGCAGGGUGCGUUGUUAGACGCUGUGGGCAAAUUCUUCCGAAACUACGCAGACCACAGCCACCCACCCAACGCACUGACGGGUGCGGCACCAAAGAACCCGCCGCCCAGGGUCAACCUGAGUGAGACCUACAUGGAUAUGCUGGGCAUCUUUGGAGAGGCGCUCCAACCCUACAUCAACAACUACAACAUAGAGGUGCUGCACACACUGGCCACACACUCAGACCACGUGCGCAAGCUGAAGCGAAAGCGCGGCAAAAAGGCCAAAGAUGCACCAGACACCCACAACGCACACGAGGCAGGCGACCCGGGCCAUGCACCCCCCAGCACAAACGGACUGGCAAAUACGGGUGCAGGUGCACCUGCAAAUUGCAAUGCACAGGCCAGUGCACCUGUGUUGGCAAAUACGGGUGCAGAUGCACCUGUGUUGGCAAAUACGGGUGCAGAUGCACCUGUGUUGGCAAAUACGGGUGCAGAUGCACCUGUGUUGGCAAAUACGGGUGCAGAUGCACCUGGGUUGACAAAUACGGGUGCAGAUGCACCUGGGUUGACAAAUACGGGUGCAGGUGCACCUUCCAGUGUACCAACCAGCGCACCCGGGUUGGCAAAUUCGGGUGCAGGUGCACCUGCCAAUGGCAAUGCACAGACCAGUGCACCUGUGUUGGCAAAUGCGGGUGCAGAUGCACCUGCCAGUCUACCAACCAGCGCACCCGGGUUGGCAAAUUCGGGUGCAGGUGCACCCGCCAAUGCCAAUACCGAUGCGAAGGUGAGUGGAGAUGGUCAGCCGCCGAGCAAUGUGCCCAUGCAGCCGUCUGCUAAUGUUAGUAGUGGUGUGGUGAAUGGUGGGUCUGCUAUGAGCGGCGGUAAGAAUAAUGGCGGUAGUGCUAAGAGCGACUCUGCUAGUCAUGGGGCGGCGGUUGUCAUGGAUACGGAUACGGCCGCAUAGCCUGUACAUCAGCCGCAACGCAUACGAACAAACAAACAAAUACAAAUAAACCGUAUGUACUAUCAUUGUAUAGUAGGCACGUGUAUACAGAGG